CUUUGCUGCAAGGAGAAAGCAACCUGGGGAAGGAAACAACGAAGUGCCACAGGGCUAAUUGUCUGGUCUCUGCCUGGCUCCAAGGCAAGGAGGAGAAGCAGAGCUGGUCCCACCUCAGCAUGGCUCACAGCCAGCUCCCGAAUGACUCCUGGCAGAAUGGCUCAGCCCCUCUCUUCACUGGCCUUGACCUCCUCCUGGAACUCAAACCGCUCUUCAUCCCGCUCUACGCCACCCUGGUGGCUGUGGCGUGCACAGGGAACCUCUUCCUCAUCCUCCUCAUCGCUCUCACCAAGAAGCUGCACUGCACCACCAAUUUCCUGAUAGGGAACCUGGCCGCAGCUGACUUCAUCAUGUGCCUGGCCUGUGUCCCGCUGACUGUCUCCUAUGCCUUCGAGGUGCGGGGCUGGCUCUUUGGGAUGUUCAUGUGCUACUUCGUCACCUUGAUGCAGGCCACCACCGUCUUCGUCUCGGUGCUGUCCCUCACCGCCAUCGCUGUUGACCGGUACGUUGUCGUGGCGUACCCCAUCCGCCGGAGGAUCAGCCGCAAGUCCUGCAUCUGCAUCGUGGCCUGCAUCUGGUUGCUCUCCAUCAUGGCCUCCGUCCCCACCUCCCUGCACACCCAGUACUUGGAUCUCAACACCAUUGGCCAUGACAUGAUCAUCUGCGAAGAGUUUUGGAAGCAUGAGGAGAGGGAGCGGCUGCUGUACUCGUGCUUGAUGCUCCUCCUGUCCUACAUGCUCCCACUGUUGGCUGUGACGGUCUCCUUCUGUGCCAUUACCUACCACCUGCGGAGGAGGAACAUCCCGGGUGCUGCCUACCCCUGCCAAGACAAAUGGACCAAAACAAAGCAGAAAACCUUCCGGGUGCUCACCAUCUCGGUGGUGUGCUUCGCAAUCUGCUGGCUGCCCCUCCAGGUGGUGAACUUCAUCAGAGACAUCGACGAGGAGUUCACCAUCUUGGACAAGAAGUACGUGAACGUCAUCCAGGUCUCUUGCCACUUGGUCGCCAUGAGCUCUGCCUGCUACAACCCCUUCAUCUAUGCCUCCCUCCACGACAAGUUCCGCUUCCACCUCAGCAGCUACUUCUACCGCAAGAAGAAGAGCUCCAGCAUCGUGUCCUGCAAGGCCUCACGAUUCAACACCUGCUCCACGCUGGCAGAUGCUCCAGCUGGGGUCUCGGAUAAGAUAGCUUUGCAAACCAGGUUCUCUUAGCUGAAGUUCCCCAAGACUUGCUCUCAGACCUGGUGUGCACUUUGCUUUAGGCUGGACAUAGGAGCUGGUUGUGGUGGUUUGUUGCUGUUCCCAGAAGGUCUCUUGUGCCUGACAAGGAGCAAGCACAAGGCAAGCAGCAGAUGGGGUGGGAGUCUUCGAGGAGCAGCUCCCCUGAGCAGCUCAAGGAUGUUUUCUUCUUGGCAGCAAAGCAAAAUGGUGCAACAACAACCACCACAGCCACGCAAAGGUGGAGCAGUCCUGAGCAGGACAUGCCUACUAGCUCUUGUGCAGACACACAGGACCUCGGCUAGGUGUUUCCAUCAGGCACAGCUAGAGUGAAGCAAGUGUCAAUGAAAUAGUGGUUGCUUGCCUGUUGGAACAGAACAAUGUUCGUAUAUCCAGAUGAAUGACUGGACACAUAACCAGUCUGAUAUAGUGCUCUAAGCCUUAGUUUUCAGAAAUGCUUACACAUCAACACAUCCAGAGUCUGCCUCAACAUUUGCCCUUGCUCCAUGUGCCAAGGAGAAGUGCUGGGUCGUGCAGUGCAGCUGGGUACGGGGUCUAUACCUUGUAUCUCCAAUCACAGCUGGCUAUACUGGAUGGCUGGUGUUGUAUCCAGCACAAAGACCUCUCCUCGUGGUGUAUUCGGGGGGGGGGGGGGGGGCUAGCUUCUCAGCAGGGCACUGGGUGCAUUUAACGGGCAUUGGGUGCAUUUAAACAAGUCUUUGGGCUGCACAUCUUC